GCAACCCCCACCCCACCGGGACAACCCAUCAUCAUUCCCAUCCACCCCUUUUUCGUUAGAUUUUUGUUGUCCGCUGCGCCCGGAGUGUAGCGGCGGUAGUAGGCCUACUGGAGCCCUUGUUGGACGGAUUCCAGAGACGGGCUGUUGUCGUAACCGCCAUCCUCAACCGUGUGCAGAUUGUUUCAGUACCCCUGGGUAGUCGGCGACACGAGUGGAGAAUCUUGACACACAAGGCUCCGAGAUAGUAAGGUCCCUUUAAGGAUCUCUAUAAGGGUCUAUGGUAUAAAAAGACACAAUGGCAGAUGCGAUGAGCAUUCCGUCGCAGCCUCAAGUCAAGGAAGGGACAGCUACUAAAAUAUUGAAGGACGUCUUUGGAAUGAGCGUCAAAUCCAUCAAGCAACUGGACAGUUACUCUGAUUGUAAUUUCUUGGUGAAAGUAGAGGAGCAGCACUCGAACACGCUGGUAGACACAAUCUGGCCGCACGGCUAUCUCCUGAAGUUCACCAACAAGGAGGAGUCUUUGGAACAGACCUACAUAGAAACGCAAUGCCAGGUCCUGUUAUACCUGAAGAAAAACGGCAUUGACGCUCCUCAAUCCGUCAAGAAUCUCAACGGAACAAACAUCUAUUUGGUCAACAUCCAUCACGAAAAUGGGAGCUUGGUACCUGAUGAAGAACUCGCCUCAGUACCCCAUGGUUCCUACUGCGUCAGGUUGUUCACGUUCCUCCCCGAAAACCAAAUGGCCUCCCUGACAAACAUAUCGUCUGCAACAUUCUUUGAAGCGGGGAAAUUUGUGGCUCAAGUAGAUGCACUUUUGCAGAAAUCGAAAUUAACCAAUGAAGACUACGAGAAUCAUACAGGCACUUUUGUCCUUGAUAACCUAGACAACUUUUUUGAAAAAUCUAAGAGCAUAAAGGACUCUGCAUUCCGAGAAAGACUGCAGUCUUUUCUCAGGCACUUCGAGGGUGUGACUAUUCCAGCGCUGAUUGCUGGGGCAAAAAGGCAACCAAUUCAUGGCGACUUCAAUCCACACAACAUUCUAGUAAAAAUAUCGGACAAUGGUGAAACAAUAAUCAGUGGACUCAUCGACAUAUACGACACGUCAAUUGGAUAUGUUGUACAUGAGAUUGCCAUUUGCAUGACCCAUCUCAUGUAUCAAUUUCAAAACUCGCAUGAUAUUUUUGAAAUAGGGGGUCACGUUUUAGCUGGGUUUUUGAGUACUUUGAAGCUGUCCGAAAUUGAGCUGAACGUAAUUCGUGACUGCAUCCUUGCAAGACUUUAUAAGACUGUAGUUAUCGGCUUCUGGACGAUGGGAGGGGAGGGCGCAGACAAUGAGUACGUUAGAAAACACACAGAAGAUGCUUUGCAAAUAUUGGACAGAGUUGAGGAAAAAUCUGAAAAGGAUCUCUAUACUAUUUGGGAUUCUGUAAGGAAGAGUUAUGUCUAAAUUACACACCACAAUAGAGCACUGAUGCCUUUAGAACAAAUAAAGGCUAGUCUUAAUCAAUUCUUGUAAUUCUCUGUAAAUAUAAAACUCGAAAAAUCUUGGUGAAGGUAUUCAUUUCUUUACAAUAUAUUCUAACAACGGUAUUGAAAAUCAUACAACAUAAAAAUAUUUGUCCACGCUGUACAAGAGAAAUAAAAGCCUUUAUACUUUAUACCUAAAAGGUUCUAUAACAACUUUGAGAAAACUGACCAAAGCACACAUCAUAAAUGCCCAUCUUAUAAAAAAGUACACGUAUAAACCAAUUUCAUCUUUGGAUUCAGAGGAUUACAAAUAAAACUUUGCACUCAGAAGAUCAAAAGAAAUCCACAACUAAUUAUGUCCAAAUUAUACAAUUCUAGAACAGUUGUACUUCCACCAAUUUGAAAAUGUCAUGUUCGCCUUAUUACUGCCCCCUUUUUCUCAUAGAUGCAGUUCAAAUCUACCAAUAUCGGUCAGUCCCUAACCCUGUCUCCCUGAAACAUCGACAUCGUUGUGUACAUGUUACAUUAUAAGUCACAGUAAAAAUAUCCAUUAAAAUAUUAGUGUCAUGGUUUGACUGUUUGCUAGCACCUGCACCUUACAGUAACCAGACUAAACCUGUCAGUACGAAAUAUACAUACAAAUUAUCACUUGCCUUUGCC